GGCGCUGGGCCGCCCCCGAUGAUGCCGGGAGCGCCCGCGACGGGCGGCUUGCCGGGCGGCGCUCCCCCGAUGAUGAUGCGACCCCCGGGAGGGCCGCCGGGCGGUCCUCCCGGCGGGCCGCCGCCGGGCCGCAUCGACCCCGCGCAGAUCCCCCGCCCCGCGCACGAUCCCCACGCGGAACCCAUCCGGUGGGACUCCCGCACGCAGCACGGCGCCGCGGCGCACCCUCCCGCGGCGUCCACGAGCUUCAUCGCCGUCGACCGCGGGUGCUGCAACCCGCGAUACAUGCGAUCCACGAUGAGCACGAUACCGCACACCGGCGAGUUGCUCGCGUCGAGCGGCAUGCCGCUGUCGAUCAUGGUGCAGCCGCUGGCGAUCUCGUCGCCGGAGGAGGACCCGAUCCAGGUGGUGGACAACGGCGAUCAGGGACCGCUGCGAUGCUCUCGGUGCAAGGCGUACAUGAACCCCUUCGCGCGGUGGCUCGACCACGGUCGGUUCCAGUGCAACUUUUGCCAAGCCACCUCGGAGUGCCCGAGGGAGUACAUGUGCAACCUGGGCGCCGACGGCAAGCGCAUGGACUGGCAGCAGAGGCCCGAGCUCUGCCGCGGCAGCGUCGAGUACGCCGCGCCCGCCGAGUACAUGGUCCGACGACCGAUGGCGCCGGCGCUCAUAUUUUGCGUCGACGUUUCGCUCGCGGCGGUGCAGAGCGGCGCGACGACGUCGGCGGUGGAGGCGAUCGCGCGGACGCUGGACGCGAUGCCGGAACAGACGCGAACGCUCGUCGGCAUCUGCACGUACGAUAGCGUGAUUCACUUUUACCACAUCCACGAGGGUAUGGCGCAGCCGCGCAUGCUCGUGGUGCCAGACGCGGAUGAGCCGUAUUCGCCGCUUCCCGCCGGCAUGGCGGUUCCGCUGGCCGCGAACCGCGAAGCCAUCGACGCGGUGCUGAAGCAGAUUCCCGAGAUGUUCGCGAACAACAGGCACGGUUCACCGGUGGGAACCGCCGCGGUGAAAGCGUGCGUCGAGGCGCUCAAACCCGUUGGGGGACGGGUUCUCGCGUUUAUGGGCACGCAGCCCACGGGUGGGCUCGGUAAGCUGUCCAAUCGCGCCGCGCAGGCGCCCAACGUCGGCGCGAAGGAGGCGGAGAAGGAGCCGCUCAAGUACCUCGCCCCCGCGGACAAGAUCUACACCAAGCUGGCCACCGAGGCGGCGGAGUAUCAGGUUGCGAUUGACGUCUUUUUGCUCGCGCCGGCGCAGUACGUCGACGUGGCGAGUCUGGGAACGCUCCCGCGAAUCACCGGGGGAACUUUGUACCGAUACCCGGGCUUCAACACCCAGCUCGACUUUGCUCAGCUGCACAACGACCUGCGAUGGAACGUGCAGAGGCCGCAGGGUUUGGAGGCGGUCAUGAGGGUGCGCGCCAGCAACGGUCUCGGCGUCGCUGAUUACGGGGGUUUCUACUGCAAGCGAACGCCCACCGACGUCGACUUGCCGGCGUUGGAUUGCGACAAGGCGAUCGUGUGCAACAUGCGUUACGAGGAACGGUUGAACGACGGGGGCGAGGCGUACGUGCAGUGCGCGCUGCUGUACACCACGGUGCGGGGGGAACGGCGCAUACGCGUGCACACGAUGGCGAUGCCGAUCACGAGCGUGCUGGGCAACGUGUUUCGAGCCGCGGAUCUGGAGGCGCAGACGUGCGACAUGAUCCGGAAGGUCUCGGCGAGGCUUCUGGGCGGUUCCGCGAGCAUCCAGAACGUCAAGGACCAGACCAUAACCACCACGGUCAACACGUUGUACGCGUACCGCAAGUUCUGCGCGUCGAACAACAGCACGGGGCAGCUCAUCCUCCCCGAGGGCCUCAAGGUUUUGCCCCUCUACUGCCUCGGAUUGCACAAGUCGCCCGGGAUGCGCGCCGACGCGCACGCCGACGACCGCGCGGCGUGGCUCCUCAACGGCCUCUGCGCCCCCGUCAAGAUGUGCGUGCCGUCCGUGUACCCGAGAAACUUCCCGGUGCAUCGGCUGGUGGACGAAUGCGCCGCCGAGGGCACGGAGUUUCCGCCGCUCCCCCCGGUGACGUGGCUCAGCGCCGAGAAGCUGGAGCAGGACGGCAUCUACGUCCUCGAGGACGCGAGGGAGAUGCUCGUGUGGGUGGGACGGCAGGUUCCCGACGCCGUCCUGCGCGAGACGUUCGGGGUGGACCACGUGGACCACAUACAGAGCAACGCCGCGGCGCUGAAGCAGUUGGACACGCCGAGGAGUAAGAGCCUCAACGCGUUUGUCAACUGCAUGCGCCGCAUGCGAAGCGGGUAUCUCCGCACGCGGAUACUGCGUCGCGGGGAUCCGGCGGAGGCGCACUUCUACGCCAAGCUGACGGAGGAUCGGAACAUAGCGGGGAUGUCGUACGUGGAUUUCCUCUGCCACGUGCACAGGCUGAUCCAGAACAAGUUUCAGUGACGAGGGGCGCGGGUGGGUAUUCUUUUGGAAAAUAAAAUCACGUUCUCAC